AUGGAUAUGGAUUUAACAUAUAUUACAUCGUAUUCAUUAGAAGUCCUUCAUAUGAAUAAACAAAUUUUAAAUUCAUUGAAUAUUUCAUUUGGAAUUAAUUUAGUUGAUCAAUGUGUAGAAAUUGAUAAUUGUGUUGCAGAAAUUCUUCCGACAGAUCAUUCACAAGUUGUAUUAAAUCUAGAUGCAAAAUCUAAAUAUCCAAAUUUAACUCGAAAUCAAAUGCAAGAACUUAGUUUAAUUAAUGUUCUAAAUUUUUUAAUCAAUCAGAGUAUUUGUUGAUAAAGAUACGCAUAUUGCAAUAACAAGUUGGACUGCAUGGCCCAUUGAAAUUAGUCAACAAACGAAUGAGUUAUGAGUCGGUGGUAUGGCUCAUACUGCAAAUGAUAAGAUUAUUUUCUAUCAAGUAAUCAAUUACUCAGAUUUAAUCGUAUUAAUAUAUAUUCUGACUUUGAAAAUACGUUAAUUUAAAAAAAUGAAAUAAAUUAACAUAAGACAAAAGUAGUAGAAUAUAUACAAAAGUAUAUUAAUCGAUUAAAGAUAGAAUUAAGAAUGUUAUUUAAUUAUUACUCUCUUUUAUUCGAAAUAGAGUAAAUUUAUAAUAUAUUCAUAAUCAACAAGAAAAUUAUUUACUUAAUUUUUUUCACCAAAGUUUUUAGAAUGUCAAUUAUAUUAUUUAAUUUGAUUUCAUUGAUUCUAUUCAAUAUUUAAAGAAUAUGCAUUAAUUAUUAAGUAUAAAUAAAUAAUUCUAAUAAACAUUAUUAUGCAUAUUGUUCAAUAGAAAUAUUCCUUUUAAAGUUAAGAAUUUUCUAAAUAGAACUAUAAAUCAUUAUUUUUAAAAUAAUAACAAAAAAUAUUUUAUAUAUCGUAGUGUUAUUUUAUAAUGAAUUAAACUUUUUUUUAUCUUACUGUUAUCGGUGAAUCACCAUUAUCUUUUAUACAUAUCGUUCUUUCUCUUUCUAUUAUCUCUUGUUAACGUUUCUCUUCUUUGUGAUGUUAACACCUAUACAUGUGCGUGCGUGUGUGAAAAUGGUAUGAUUUUCUAUAUUUAAAAUAAACAUACACACUCGUCGAAACGAGCUAACGUUUACUAUAUUCUAUUUAAACAAAUUUUAUUUUAUCAAAUAAGAAAACAAUAAUUCAUUAUUUAGUACUUUUGAAAGUUUAAAAGAUUUUAUUUAACAUUUAAGUGCACAAACUCUAAUAGUUUUCGAUCUCAAUUGAAAUCAGGUUAAAUUUAGUUCAUCUUUGUGUGUUCUAAUUUUUUAUGUUUUAAUACAUAAAAUAAAUCGUCACGUGGCUCAAUACAUAUACAUAUACAUAUACAGUUCAUAGAUGUCAUUGAAAUAUGACACGAAAAAUACGUCUUAUCAUUAUCGUGCGAACGAAAGAAGUAAGAUAAAUAUUAUUAUGUAUAGUUAAUAAGCUAAAACUACACAAAAUAUACCUAUGAAUACAUGCUUUUACAUUCGCGCACAUGUAUAUGCUCCGUUGCGGAUAAUUGCUUCUCAUGUAUAUUUUUUUUUAUUACUUGUAUAUUAUAAUUAUAGGUAGCAUUUUUUUAUGACUGGCAAUAGUAACACAAUUUAUGCAUGCAUGAUUUACAAUAUAUUUUGUUGAUUUUAUCAAUAUGACACAGACAUUAUUGGGGCCUAAUCAUCACUGUAUUAUGAGAAAAAAAAUAAAAUACCCCUUGUUUUUUUUAUUUUUUUUACAUAACU